CGCAACAGUCAACCGCGCUCACUCGGCCCGCACGGUUGCGCUGUGCUGCGUCACGCGUAUCCCGUACCGUACCCCGACACAAACAAACACGUCUCUUCCAGAACCAAAUAAGAUAGUGCACGGAAAUGUCAACGAUCAAUCAAUAAACUCAGUGAAAAUGUAUAAUAGUGUUAGUAACGAUGUAAGUGACGAAAGCUAACGUUUAAGUGAUGUUGCGCCCGGAGAGUUUGUGAAGUGGACUGUAGUACCGAGGAGCAGCAGGAUGACGAUGAAGUCGCUGAAGUACAGCGAGCGGGACGAGAUGAUGGAGGGCUUCAGCCCGGUGCCCCCGCCGCUGCCACGCCGCCAGCCCGUCCGGAACAUCUACGCGGAGCCCUUCGUGGACCCUAGGUACACGUCAUCGGGCGUGACUAACGAAUGGCUCGCCCUACAGACCCUAAAUUCAGAGUCACUGGGCAGCGCGGCGAUGUCGAGCGGCAUGGGCGGCGGCACGCUCGGCAGCGGCCACUGCCAGCUGGCCAACCAGCCGCUGGUGAUGCCGGUGUUCCCGCUGCGGGCCAGCCAGCCCAGCCCGGUGCCCGUCUACUCCCCCUCCCGCUUCCACAUUGACAAGCGGUGUCAGCACCGCUGCACGUGGAAAUGCCUAGCGAUUGCCAUGAUAUGCCUCUGUGUCAUCUUAGCGGCGAUGCUCGCGUAUUUUAUAGCAUUAUCGUCAAUUAAAAGUAAUAUAGACAAUUCAAAUUGUAUUCUCGUACAAGAUGUAAAAGCAGUAACACACGCACAAGGGAUCAGAGAUGUUUUAUCAACGUCAUCGCCUUCUGAUGAAUCAAUAUCAACAUCUUCACUGGGUGGGUGGUCAACAACAGCAGAAGCCGCGAUAGAGUCAGCUAUAGUUCCGCAGCAAGCACAGCAAGCCGCGCCUCCGCCCUGGUCUCCCGCGCUAGAGUUAAGAGAGUUUGACGAACUUCACAGCGCUACCAUACCCGCCUACCAGUUUUGGAGUUCAGAAUUCCGAAACAAACAACCCGCCUAUGUUAGCCUUAAUUUCACUGUGCCAUGGGGCGCCAACUUCGCUGUCUACGGCAGACGAAAUGUCGCUCCCAGCGUUACACAAUAUGACUUUGUAGAAUUUAUCCGAGGCGGUAGAGUCGACCACAGAUUAAGAAGAAGAAGAAGUCCUCACAGACAUGAGACAUUUGGACUUAAUCUUGAUAACUGGGAUACAUUAUUAAGCACGAUUAGCCCAUUCGAGAGAUGGAACCACACGAUAAGCAAAAGAUCGACAGAUAUGAGAGUAAACGUUAGUAUAUUGCAGUAUCUUGACACAGGAAGGUGGUUUAUUUCGGUAUAUAAUGACGAGCUCCAGCCACACAAUGUUGAAAUGAUCGUAUCUGAGGCAGAAGGUGUAACGAACUCAUGUCCUGAUGAUUGCUCUGGGCACGGAUCUUGCUAUUUGGGGAAAUGCGAAUGUAUGGACGGCUACGAAGGUCAUGAUUGUUCAAAAAGUGUAUGCCCAGUUCUUUGUUCUGGUCAUGGUGCAUACGCAGGCGGUAUCUGCCACUGUUCCGAGGGUUGGAAAGGUGCAGAAUGUGAUAUUCCCGCCCACGAUUGUGAACCCGCUGACUGCUCAGGUAGAGGACAGUGUGUGGCCGGCCAUUGCCAUUGUAAAGCUGGGUGGAAAGGAUCAAAGUGUGACGAAGAGGAUUGCCUGGACCCAACCUGCGGUGGCCAUGGAUCUUGCGUUCGCGGCCGCUGCGUUUGUCGCGCGGGCUGGCGCGGUGCAGCGUGCACUGAUCGAGACGCGCGCGUACAACGCUGCCUACCCGCUUGCUCGCAGCGUGGCGUUUACGAUCUAGAUGCUGGCCGAUGCGUAUGCGAUCCACUGUAUACCGGAGACGACUGCUCACAAGUGGUAUGCUCACUGGACUGCGGACCUCAUGGAGUAUGUGCCGAAGGAGUAUGCCGUUGUGACGACGGAUGGACUGGCUCUCUUUGCGAUCAGAGACCGUGCGAUGUCCGCUGCCACGAUCACGGCCAAUGCAAGAACGGCACCUGUGUCUGCACACAAGGAUGGAACGGAAAACACUGCACAAUACCUGGAUGUCCCAACGGCUGUUCCCGGCAUGGCCAAUGCCUCCUCGAAGACGGAGUAUACCGGUGUUCCUGUGCCGAAGGAUGGGCGGGCACUGACUGCUCCAUAGCACUCGAACUCUCCUGCAACGACAACGAAGACAAUGAUGAAGAUGGCAUGACGGACUGCUCGGACUCGGAGUGCUGCAGCCGGCCCGAGUGCGCCGAGCACAUCAUGUGCCUUUCGUCCAACGACCCUGUGGAAGUGCUUUUACGCAAACAGCCGCCCUCCGUCACCGCCUCCUUCUACCAGCGCGUCAAGUUCCUCAUCGAAGAAAACUCCGUCCAAAGCUACGCUCACAUGGACGAAUACUCCGAGAGCCGAGUCUCCGUGAUGAGGGGACAGGUGGUCUCGCCCCAGGGGCUGGGCAUCAUCGGCAUCAGGGUCUCCGUGGACCGGGAGGCCCGGUUCGGAUUCACGCUGACCAGGCAAGGUGGAUGGUUCGACGUGCUGGUCAACGGAGGAGGCGCCGUGACGCUGCAGUUCCAACGAUCACCGUUCAAGCCUCUACGGAAGACUGUCUUCGUGCCCUGGAACCAGAUCGUCGUGCUGCCGCCUGUUGAAAUGGAACUUAGUGACGAGAGCGUCAAAGUGCCCACACCGAGAGCACCACCUCGUCUAGACUGGUCGCCAACGCCACAAUGGUGGGAAAACGAGUCUGGGCCGUGCCCAUCACACGACCACGAGCGACUGCGACCUGAAGUGAUUGCUGUACCGCCUCUAGCAGCGCCUGCUGCUUCACACCACACUCCCAACACCGUCGUCUACCCGGAGGCUCAGAUCGUGAGCGAGUCGAUCGGCAUCCCUGGCUCUUCUGUCAAACUGACGUACCGGUCGUCCCAAUCCGCGGGUUACCUUUCGUGCGUGCACGUGCAACUUACACGCCGCGUGGUGCCCGCCGCGCUAGCCAGGGUGCAUGUGCGCGUCGAGAUAGAAGGCUCGCUGCAUACGCACACGUAUGAAGCUGAUCCUGACCUGACGCAUGUGUUCGCGUGGAACAAGAGGAACGUUUACAAGCAGAAGGUUUACGGUCAAGCCCAAGCUAAGAUCUCCAUCGGCUACGAAUACUCGUCCUGUUCCUCCAUCGUGUGGGAGACUCAGACAGCCACAUUGGCUGGCUUCGACGUAGACAUCUCCGAUAUCGGCGGCUGGGGCCUGGAUAUCCACCACCAUUACAACUUCCAUGAGGGCAUCUUGCAAAAGGGUGACGGAGCGCUUCUGCAUUUGAAGCAGUAUCCUAGAACUGUCCAGGUCGUGAUGGGCACAGGCCUUCAACGAUCCUUGGACUGUCCUGACAACUGCAACGGCAAGGCAGCUGAUUCUCGUCUCCUGACCCCUACCGCUUUGACCUCUGGCCCAGAUGGUUCAUUAUACGUCGGCGACUUCAACCUUGUGAGAAGAAUAACCCCCGAGGGCGUCGUAACCACCGUGUUGAAACUAGAAACCACCCAAGUGGCGUACCAGUACUACAUUUGCAUAUCACCUGCCGACGGAAAUCUCUACAUAUCAGACUCGGAAAGGCACCAAGUUCGGAAAGUGCUUCUCUUGGAGAAAGUACGUGAUCCAGCUACUAACUCUGAACCUGUGGUUGGCAAUGGUGAUCGAUGUGUGCCUGGAGACGACUCCAACUGUGGUGAUGAAGGCCCAGCUAUUAAGGCUAAACUGGCUCAUCCCAAAGGUCUUGCUAUUGCUGCAGACAGAACUAUGUAUAUAGCAGACGGAACUAACAUUCGAGCAGUUGAUCCAAAUGGCAUCAUCCACACUUUGGUAGGCCACCAUGGUCACCACAACCACUGGUCUCCAGUUCCAUGCAGAGGAGCUAUACCACCAUAUGAAGCUCAACUACAAUGGCCAACUGGAGUAGCUCUUUCACCUCUUGAUGGGUCGCUAUACUUCAUUGACGACAGAAUAAUACUGAAGCUGACCGCGGAUAUGAAGAUCAAGGUAGUUGCUGGGCAGCCGUCCCACUGCAGGCUUGGAAGCGAUGGAAAGCCAAUUACUAAGCCGAUGAACAAAACGAAUACAGACUUCAGAGAAGAUUCCAGCUUAGGCACAAUCUUAGCUCUAGCAUUCGCACCGAGCGGGAUUUUGUACGUUGCCGAGUCUGACUCAAAGAAAUCGAACACGAUCAAGUCUAUUGAUCCUUCAGGAAAGAUAAUGCACUUUGCUGGCAAGGUCCAAGAGAAUCUGAAAGAACUUAGCUGUGAAUGCAAUUCUUCUACUUCGGCCACAGUAGUGCCAAUGAACCCUCGGGGCGAAGAAGCUGGAUGCCCAUGCAGGCUAAGCGUGGCAGCAGGAGACGAACCGCCCACAAGUACUGAAACGCUGCUAUCGUCAAACGCCAAAUUCCAAACGAUAUCAGCUCUAGCCGUUACCCCAGAUGGAGUUUUGAAUGUUGUAGACCAAGGUUCUCUACAUAUAUUAGCCCUGAAGCAUUAUUUGCCAACGCAUGAUGAGAAUGGAGAAUUCAGAAUACCUUAUCCACCCACAUCAGAAAUCUAUGUCUUCAACCGUUACGGUCAACACAUUACUACCAAAGACUUGACUUCUGGCAAAACAAGAUAUUCAUUCCUGUAUUCCAAAAACACCAGUUUCGGAAAAUUGUCAACAGUUACUGAUGCGUCUGGAAAUAAAAUACAGCUGCUCAGGGACUACAGCAAUGUUGUCAGCUCGAUAGAAAACACGCAAGAUCACAAGUUGGAACUGAAGAUAUCUGGUAUUGGUUACCUAACAAAGAUAAGCGAAAAGGGAACAUCUGAAAUCGAGUUAGAUUAUGAUGCUAAUAGCGGUUUACUCAACAGUCGAUCAGGGGCCAGUGAAACAGUUAUCUACAAUUACGACGAACUCGGCCGCGUCACCAGGAUUAUUAUGCCUUCUGGAGAACAGGUCCACAUAACUUCAGGCCUGGCCAAGAACUACGGACUCGCUGUUACAGUAUCCAACCCAGCCAGUACCAUCCCCGUUGGUGUAGCUAAGAAGUGCGAAUACGUACUACAUGGACAAUCGUUCAAGCAAAUUACCAUAAACAAUGGUAAACAAAUCACAGAGGGCCGAAUCUAUUCUAACAACACGCUGAUGUUGGAAACACCUUGGUCUGGGAAGUUUGAAAGUAUCGCAGCCGCUAAACAUCCACUGCUAGAAGCUGCUCUCCCUAUCGAAGCUGAAAUGCUCCACAUGUGGUCACACCAAACCUCUACUUUCGGUGAUGGACUAAUUAACAACAUGUACUCAUUGUACACCUUGGUCGGAGAUGUCCGAAACCCCCAGCAAACAUUGAAUAGAGAAAUAUGGGUAAACGAUUCGAGAGUCCUAAUCAUCGAAUUUGAUCAGUUCAAGAGUAAAGAAACAUUUUUCAAUGCUGACAGGAACCCGCUAUUCACUAUAGCUUAUGAUGUCGCUGGAUUACCGUUAUCGUUUACACCGCACGGCGCUGGAGUUCCUCUCAACAUUUCGUAUGAUAGAUUUUACCGAAUCAACGGUUGGAAGUGGGGAGAAAGCGAAGAAACAUACAACUACGAUCCUCAUGGCAUGCUAUCAGAAAUCACAAGUCCUCAAGAUGGCACUAAAUUUAUUUACUACAAUGAGGGCAAUCUAGUCUCUAAAAUUACUUUAGCUAGUCAAAGAAGUUUCAAAUAUUUAUAUGAUGGAGAUGGUGGUUUGACUCAUGUUAUUUUGCCCUCUGGGACAAAUCAUUCCUUUAGCGUACAGCCAUCAAUAGGAUUCUUGAGAGUGACAUAUACACCUCCAGGAUCUUCUAAGAAGUAUCUGCAACAUUACUCUCAUACUGGUGAACUGCUGCAAACAGUGUUCCCUGGUGAUGGUGCAAGAGUAGUCUACCGAUACUUUACUACUAACAAGGUGUCAGAAGUCAUUCACGGAGAUGGUCAAACUCAAAUACACUACUCAGAGAACAGUGGACUACCAUCUGAAAUCUUACACGUUGAUCGAGACGUCGACUACCGAUGGGAAUCAACCUACGCCGGUGGUCUUCUGAUGGAAGAAAGACUGGACUACGGAGCUAAAACUGGCCUUAGCAAUGCUAAAAUAAUUUACGAAUAUGACAACAACUACAGGAUAACAUCCGUGCAAGGAAGAAUUGGUGGCCAAACCCUUAUUCCACAUCACAUCAUUUAUAAUAGCAAGACAGGCGCUCCUGAAAUCUUGGGACAAUUUACAGCGUCUAAGCAAAAGUGGAAUGAAACUUCAGUUUACGAUGGAAUCGCCAUGUUUUCACGCACUCUGAACGAACAGUUCCUAGAAAAGGAGGUAACUGUAAAUAUUCACAGGAUGGAAGUUUUCAGGAUGGAAUUCUCCUACGACAAACAUGGCAGAAUAUCACAAACACGAACUCACACGAGAAAUGUGGGUGUCAAUAGCUACACGAAUGUUAAAAACUAUACAUGGGACUGUGAUGGGCAGUUGACUGGAGUAGAGGCUCAAGAGCCUUGGGGCUUUAGGUAUGAUGAUAACGGGAACAUGCUGUCUUUGACGUACAGAGGAAACACGAUUCCAAUGGAAUACAACGACAUGGACCGUAUAAUCAAGUUCGGUGAAGGUCAAUACAGAUACGACAGCCGUGGAUUGGUAUCCCAAAAUGCCAGGGAAGAAAGAUUCCAAUACAAUUCCAAAGGAUUGUUGAUAAGGGCGACUAAACGUGGAAGAUUUGAUGUCCGCUACUAUUAUGAUCAUCUGGAUAGGCUUUCUACAAGAAAAGACAACUUCGGUAACGUAACGCAGUUCUUCUACACCAACAAAGAGAAGCCGCAUGAAGUGAGCCACAUUUAUUCGCCUCGUGAGAAUAGAUUCAUGACGUUGGUUUACGACGACAGAGGACAUCUUAUUUACACGCAGGUCGCCCGACAUAAAUACUACAUUGCAACCGAUCAAUGUGGAACACCAGUAAUGGUUUUCAAUCAAUAUGGAGAAGGCAUCAGAGAAAUCAUGAGAUCACCGUACGGUCAUAUCGUUUACGACUCCAACCCCUACUUGUAUCUGCCAGUUGACUUCUGUGGAGGACUCUUGGACCAAGUGACUUCCCUGGUCCACAUGGCAAACGGAAAAGUAUAUGACCCUCUGAUUGGCCAAUGGAUGUCACCUCUCUGGGAAAAUCUCAUUGAAAGAAUACAUACUCCAACUCAACUGCAUUUAUACAGAUUCAAUGGAAACGAUCCUAUCAAUGUUAGGCCGCAGGAUAAGAAACCAACAGAUCAUUUAUCAUGGCUGAAACUACUAGGAUAUGACACGAAGAGCUUGGCGCCACAGCUGUAUCCUGAUGAAUUGCCAGGAGGAGCGGUAGUUCCCAGUGUGCCUCGCACCCGCCCGGUGUGGGGCGCGGCUCCUACGAAUCCCGGACCGGGCAUGCCAGGCGCCAUGGCAUUACUUCCCAGCGUCACCAUCGAGUCAGGCUUCCUUUCGCACAUGUCUAACAAGCGGAUAGCUGAUUUCCGAAGCCUAUCUAUUCCUGCCAUGUCCGCAUUGAAGACGGAUGCCCUGGACCUGGCUCCGAAGCGAAUCGGCUCAGAUUCGGAGCCGCCGUUCGGCCGCGGGAUCCUCGUGUCGCGGAACUCCCGCGGCCGCGCCGUCGUCACCACGGUCCCGUCAGCGAACGCCAUCUACCGAGACGUUUACACCUCGGUGUUCAACCGCUCGCACCUGCUGCCGUUCUCGUUCGUGGUGCACGGCGACCAGCAGGACGUGUUCUACUUCGUGAAGGAGGAGACGUGGCGGGCGGCCGACGACAAGCAGCAGCUGAAGCGGAUGCAGGGUAAACUGAACGUGACGUUCCACGAGAUCGCGGAGGCGGGCCGCUCGUACGCGGACGUGAAGAUCCACGGCCAGACGAGCAUCGUGAACCUGCGCUACGGCACGAGCGCGGAGCGGGAGCGGCAGCGGCUGCUGCACCACGCCAAGGCGGCGGCGGUGCGCAAGGCGUGGCACCGCGAGCGCGAGGCGCUGCGCGGCGGGCUGGGCGGCUCGCUGGACUGGUCGGCGGCCGAGCUGGACGAGAUCCAGAAGGCGGGCUCGGCGGGCGGCUACGAGGGCGAGUACGCGCACGACGUGGCGCGCUACCCCGAGCUGGCCGAGGACCCGUACAACGUGCGCUUCGUGAAGAAGCGCGCCGACCGCAGCGAGCGCCGGCGGCGGAAGCGCGAGGACUGCCGCGCGCCCUGGUGGCUCGCGUGGAACGACUGCUAGUGACGCCGCCAUCCAUAUGCCAAAUCUGUGUGUGUCGACGACUGAGUGACGGAUGAACGCGCGAGUGAUUGUGAUAUAUUUUGUAAAUAGUCUCUAUUAAUUGUUAAUUGUUGAUGUAUGUAUGUACGGUAGACGCGAAUCCCUAUCGCUAUGUAAAUAAUAAAAUUUAAUUUGCAGGGAGAGAAUGGACCUUUUGAGAGGACUGAUAUUAAAUAAAUGUAAUGUAUGUAUAAAUAAGACGAUUUAUGUGAAUAUGAAAUUAUUUAUACUUAUUUAUCGGUAAAAAGCUUCGAUUGUGUCCAAUGUUCUUAUAAAAUUUAGAUGAAGACUAUUUGAAAGAAUAAAAAGGCAUACUUUUUUAACCAAA